GAGUUUCUUCCUGAUUGCCUUCACUCCUGGUGAUGUUUAGGUCCAUGUGAUUUCUUAUUUCCAUCUGGUUGUCUUUCCGUACCCUGGUGGGAGUUGGUGUUUCCCGAGCCCCGUGCAGGUGUUGGUAGAUUCCGCCCGUCAAAAAUCAGGUCAUCAUGGCUGAUCUAGAUAGUUUUUUCGCUAAAAAGGACAAGAAGAAAGUGAAGGGGAAGAAGUUUACUACUACUGAUGAAAUUGCCCGUCGACUCGAGGACUGUGAGAAGAAGUUAGAACACCAGCAGGGCCUCAAAGUUAAGCCAGAGCCUGUUAAAAAGCUGGAAGAGAACUCCGAGACCUCGCCUGUGAUAGAUGAACCCCCACAGAAGGAAGAGGAGGAGUGGAAUGACUUCAAGGAUGAAGCUGACAGAGAUUUAACAGACUUGAAAAUCACCAAACUCCAAAUAGAGGAUGAAGAGGAAGGUGGGGGUGGUUCUGCAGAUGAUGACGGAGAGAAGGGGGAUCAUGGAGACCGCAGAGAUGGGGUUUGGAAGACGGAACCAUCACAGACGCCACAGGUUGCAGUGACUGUUCCAGUAGUAGAACCAGAGGAGAAGACCAGGCAACCACAUACACUCAAUUCUUCCUAUGUCCCUCCUCACAUGCGCAAUAUGUCUGCCUCUCCGCUGCCAAAGUCAACACCGAGGAGGAAUCGAACAGCUCCUGACAUCAACAACGAGAUGGCCUUCCCUUCACUCUCCGAUGCUCAGGCUUCCAAUCCAAUGGGUGCAUGGGGCAAAAGAAAGUCAAACAAUGAAGGUUUUGAGAGCGUGAGGCAUGGAUCAACCCGUUCAAUGCAAGAAGACUACGCAGCACCUAAACUUAGUACGGCCAACCGUUUUGAUGCUCUCAGUGACAACAGUUGAGGCGAAGGACGGAUAGAAUAGUUAGGGCAGUGUAAGUGAGCACUAAGGCAGGACCCAAAAGAUGCUACAGUCUUAAAUUUUUUUAUUUAAAAAACAACUUCCUCUUUGUGAAAGGGUUAGUACAUGAAGAAAAAUUCUCUGAGGAGGAAUUGUAGAUCCUGUUUUUAUUUUCAGUAUGAAGUAUUUUUUUAAAGGUAUUUAAAACUACGUUGUGAUAGAAAAUAAACAUUGUUGAACAAAUUUAACUGAAUAUUUUUUUUUAAUAUAUUAGCCCAUGGUGUGAACAUAAUUUUCAUAGAUCUGUGGACUUUUAAAAAAGAUAAAGUGCAGUAUAUAUAGAUAUAUUCUAUCAUUAUUUUUAGUUUCCAAGAAUUAAAUCAUUCUACUUGUCCAUUACUAAAUAUUUUGUUUUGUGAUGGAAGUAGAAGAAUGGGUCAUAUUGGUUAGACAGCUCUUGCUAGAUGUCUAAAGGAGACGGUGUAUCAUGAAUGGGAGUAAAUCUUGUUCCUUGGCAACCAGUCUGACUAAAACUAAAUGGACAUCCUGUGGUUGUUUUCAUUACUAUAUUGUCAGAUAUUAGUGGUGUUGAGGUAUAGCUUUUGAACAUUUUACACCCUACUGGCACUUGGAAAAUGUUAUUUUUAUAUAUUUUAUUUCUAAAGGAAAUACCAAUGUAGAAAAAAUUAAUAUACUUUUUAUUUUAAUAAAUUUGCUGCCAAAGGCAUUAAGUCAUAUGGUGGGCCAAAGAAAAGUGAAUUCCUGUUGUAUGUACCUCCUUGGAAAACUGUUCUUAAUUGUGGCAUAUGCCAGAGAACCAAAUAAUGCUUGCAUAUUGAAUCAGCAGAACUAGCUCUUACACUUAACAUUUGGUAUUAGGAUGCAUAUAUCAAAGAUCACAUCAAAUUCCAGCAGUUGCUCACACCACGACCUGCUGCAGUGUCUUGGAGCAUGUGCUCUCUGCUCUCCAAGAACUGGUUAACACUAUUGUCUGUUAGUGUAUUACUAAGUUUAUUUGAAUCAAAUUCUAGACUGUGUCCAGAAAAAGUUACAUUAGUUUUAAAUGUUUACAAUACUGUAUAUGUAUUGAACUGCAUUGCUGGCACUAUACUUACAGUACUGUAUUUGGUAUCAAACACACAAGGCUUGAAAGUUUCCAGUCAUGUUUACGUAGCUUCGGUCUGAGUAUCCAGUAUAAUUUAUGAAUACCUUGUACAGUUUUCUGUAACCAAACUUUUGCUAAAACUGACCACCAUGGCUGUGAUUUCUGUCUUUAUGCAUCAACCAUAUGUGGGUUCUUCCUGCACAUUAUCUGAGGGAUCAACUGAAAACAAAAUUUAUUAAAAGUAUGGUUGUGAAAAAAUCAUAGGCAUUUGGAAUAACUAAGAUAUUGAUACGAGAUGACCAUUUCACAAAAAUUAUCAUGGAUCUAAUUUGAAAUUCUAUUUUCUAGAUGUAAUCUUGUUCCCCUUGUUGGAAAAAAAUGCUUUCCUGAUAUUAACUUAAUUCCUUAGGGAAGGGAAUUAGGUUUUACGAAGCAAUCUGAGAUUCUAGGUAUUGUAUAUUUCCAAGAUUGGUCUAAAUUAAAUUUAACAUGGGGGGGGGGGUCACUGAAUAAACUUUAGUUAUGGUGUUCAGCCGUAGACCCAAAUUCUAACGGGGGCACCAUAAUACAGGAAUAAAUUCAUAGCCUGUGUGUUAAUUGAUGACCAAUAUAUAUAGUUCUGUAAGAAUACUGUUAGUGAAGAAUGUACUUUUUCUGAAUAUCUUGUUCAUUAUUCAUAGAAAGAAAUUGUUGUUUGCAUUGGGUCUGCUGGUCCUUGGAUAUCCGAUAUUUAUCCUAUUAACAAAAUGUAGCUCAAGUUGGUGAUUCUGUGGUACAUAAUGUCCUGGUGACUUGGUACCCCUGACAUUCAGCAUGCAGUCCUUGGAGAAUCAAAGCUUCCUAUUGUCAUUAUUAUGGUGCAAGGCAUACAAGUGAAAGUGCAUGUUGAGUGCAAAAUUUGCAUGAUUGUGCAGUGUGAGCAGUGUGCAUAUUUGUUUCCACUCAGCAUGCAUGCACAGGAUGCAUGCAUGUUAAUGUGCAAUGUGCAUGCUUGUGUGCAUACAGCGUGGGGUACAUGCACCAGUUAUGCUCGCCUGCACACAUCAUACACUCUGCCAUAAAACAUGCGAGCUAGUAUUCGUUCAUAGCCAUAAAACAUGCAAGCUAGCAUUCGUACAUAGCCAUAACAUAUGCGAGCUAGUGUUCUAAGAUGGCUAUGAUGAAUUAUGAUAGUCUUGCAAGACAAAUGUAUCAUUUGUAAAGACAAUCUUGUAUACUGUGAAAUAAGUAGUCUUUAAGAUAAAAUAAAAUGAUUCCUCCUUUAGGCAUCUGUUUUUCUUUACAUUUGAGUUUUGUUUUUCAUAAAAUAUUAAGCAAGGGCAAAUGGAUAGGUUUCUUUUAUUAAAUGUACUGUAUAAAUUAUAUACUGUAUGUAAAAAUAUAUAUAUGCAACAAAAUCUGGAACACACAAUUAUCUAAAUGCAGAGAAACCAUAAUAGGAAAAAAAAACUUCAUAUAUUACAUCUUCAGGUAGUAAGAUAUAACAAUGAACAGACUUGUUAGUACUCUUUAUACAAAUGGAACAAGUUGGGUAAAAGGACAUGCGUGAUUUGAACGUCAUUACCUGUUAAUUUUUUAUUUUUCCUUAAACCAUGUUAACAAUGAAGAUGUCUUCAUUUAUACCUACCAUUGCUAACAUUAUUAUUUAGUGUUUAAUCAAAUUAACAUUUAUUUCUUUCUAGAAAAGUAGCUAGUAAGAGUAAUGAUAAUCACCCAUCUGAACUACAAUGAAGUUGUAAUAAAUGAAAGAGCUUGGGAAAGUGUUUUUAAUUGUCAUUUUAAUUAAAUGGUAUUUUUUUUAAUGGAACCAAAUUUAAUAGAAUUUAACAGGUAUACUGUACAGAGAAAAGGAACUAAAAUUGUCAGAUUAGUAUCAAGAGAAAGGAAAGAUUUCUACAGAUGUAUAUUGUGACACCUGUCCUGUUCCAUUUGUCAACUGCCAAGGGCUUGUGUGUUCUUGUCAGUUUAUGAAGUGUGUUUUUCAGGAGAAUCACAUGAAAUUUUCAUGUCUGCAAGAAAAGCCAGAACCUAUUUUUGGAAAGCUAUGAUUUUUAAGGGUGCAAUUUAUAGGUAUUCUUUCUCAGACUAUUUCUUCUUCCCAUUUGAAAGUGCAGAGGCAUGUAGUUCUUGUAUUACUUUAAUAACGGCAAGAUGAUUCCUCUGUGCCUGUUGAGUCUCGGGUCUUCCUGAAGCCAUUGAAGCUUAUGGUACUCUGUGCUUCUUUCUCACAACUUGUGUGGAGUGAAUUGUUAUUUUGAGCUUUGUGAUUAGUCUUGUCCGUUUUAUUAACUAGAGCAUUUAGUAUGUGGGUCUCACAAAGCCUGAAAUUGCUUAUUGCACCACAUCUUGCUCCUGCCUGGCAGAUAUUUUAUUUAUUAUUGUUUAUCAUAUUGUUAAUUAUUCAUCAAAUUCUGACUAACCACAAAAAUUAUAACUGUUUUCUCGUCAGUACUGUGAUUUUGAAGAGGCCAUUACUUUAUAUAUAUCACUGGUAUUCACAGUGCUGUGGUGCUGAGCAGGUCCAAGAGAGCUUGACAUUUGUAAAUGAGUAAUUAAUUUGUUAAGUUUUUAACUCUGUAUAUUUACAAAAAGUGGCCAGACUACCUUAGGACAUCCUAAAGAGGAAAGUUUUGUUCUAUAACUAAUUUGAUUGUGUUGGAUAUAUUAAGAGGCCAAGUUAAUUUUUGGGACUUGGUUAUGGAAAGGUAGACUGGAUGAUGAAUGUAAAAGCUUAUUUGAAAUGACAUUUAUUAAAAUUUUGUGGAAAGGGU